UUGUUUUCGAAAUAUGUUUAAAUAAAUAGCACCAUUUGGCGAUUUGGAAUGAUUCGAUUGAUCAAUUUAAAAAAAUAUACAUAAGCACCUCUAAAAAAUACUUUGCACUCCCCUGUGUACCAAGCAGCUGUAGAUUGUCAUACUGCUUUGCUGGCAUGGUUUAAUUUUGCUUCAACAGUAAACCUUUAGCAAGCAGUACAUCGUCAAGCCAUUUGAUAUAGUGCAGUAGCGCUGCCCUCCUUUUGCCAUUCUUCUACCAUUCUCUUAACCUCCAAAUCAUAAAGCUGCCCUGCUCGGUCACCAUCCCCCGGAAAUUGCACCGGCCCUGCUGGCCUGGCUGCCCAGGGACACAAUUUUCCUUGAGUAAAUGAAUUAUCUGCACCUCAGAGCCACAGGAAAUGACUCGUCCGCACACUCGCAUACACGCAUAAGCUGCAGUGUUUAAGCUAACACACUCAAAACUCGGUUAAUGGACACACUGGAGAGCGUCAUCCACUGCCCCGUAUGCAUUUGUGCCACGAGGAGAACGGGAUGAACGGACAGCUGACGGAGCUGUGCAGCGCACGCUAGCAGGGAUAGAUCACCGAGCAAGAAUAGACCACCGGGAUUCCCAAUCGGUAACGAUGGCAUCAUGCGGUCAGUUGUCCUCAACGCACCUGUUAGUGAAAAGAAAGAUAGGGCAAUUGAAAACUGUUUCAAAUAAGCAUCCCGCAUCCAUAGCAAAAUGCCACGACUACCUGAAGAAAAUAAUUAUGAGCUUUUUAUUUAAAUAAUAAUUGCAUUGCAACUCAGCAUUGAGUAACCCUGUCCCGGAUGAACAUUUAACGACUAUUUGCUUUUCUAACAAGCACGACCCGCACGACCAAAACGUUUAAUAAUAUUCUCACGACAUUUCCUCCCCCAUCCCCGCCUCCUUUUCCAUACCCACUCUCGUAGAAUUUCCACCGCCUCAAUUUCCCCCUUUUCGACUCGGUUAAAAAUAGAUACCCCACACCCAUACAGAAAAAGACACGUGUGUGUUGCCUCGUGUCUGUCUGGUUUGGCAUUUUUGUUUGCAUUGGAAACAAUCCGUGCGCCGGCUAACCACCCGCUCCAGCCGCCGGCCAGUUGCCAGCGCGCCCUGCGUCGAGCUAUUUUUGACGUCCCGCUGCAGCAGCUGUCUCUUCCUCAUCGUUGUUCAUUGGCUUGGGCAAUCGUGCAGCGUGCGGCCACACCAGUUGCACGAUAAACGCCCGUCCCGACUGCCGACCGAAUGAUCUUGCACGAGCCGGCGUAGCGUGCUGUACCUUUGUGCUCGUGACCGCGUGCCAGACCGGUUGGGGUGUGUGUGUUUGUGAUCUUUUGUUUGAUCGUACAGCGUGUGCGUGUGUUCGGUUGGUAUUUGGUCGCGCCAACUGUCAUCGAACCUUCGUGCAGGCAAUUUCCGUUUGAAGCGCCGAGCGAAAACGAGAAAAGGUCUUGAAGCAGAACCAGUGAGUGCAGAAAAGGAUUCAUCCGUUUUCCUUUUGUGUGUAGUUUGUGGCCAGAGUGUGGUGUGUGGGUGGGAGGACUAUCGCUGCAUGAUGCAGGGCACGCGUCGUGGAGUGAGCGUCCACUAUCUACCCGCGAUACUGCUGCUAGUGCACGCCCUAUGCGGAUCUGUCGACGGCAAGCGUGAAAUUCCCAUCGGUGCCAUCUUUCAUCAGGUCCCGGAUCACAGCUACGAGUCGGAGAUCGCGUUCCGGUACGCAGUCGAGCGCGUCAACAUGCACGAAAAGCACUUCGAGCUGGUGCCGAUCGUGCGCUACGUGUCGCCCGAGGACAGCUUCCGGACGGAGCGCAAGGUGUGCGAGCUGGCGGCGGAGGGCGUCACGGCCGUCUUCGGCCCGUCCUCCCUGCUGACGGCCGGCAUCGUCGGCUCGAUCUGCAAAACGCUCGAGAUCCCGCACAUCAUCACGCACUGGGAUCCGGAGCCGCUCGGCGGCAUCGAGGCGGAGCUGCGGGCGAUGACGAUCAACCUGUACCCGGAGGCGGACGUACUGUCCCGGGCGCUCGCCGACCUGAUCGUCGACUACAGCUGGAAGAGCUUCACCAUCAUCUACGACUCGGACGAGGGGCUGAUGCGGCUGAAGGACAUACUGCAGAUCCACGGGCCGGCCGAUGCGCCGAUCACGGUGCGGCAGAUCGACGACGAUCCCGACUACCGGCCGCUGCUGAAGGACAUCCAGUCGUCGGGCGAGUCGCACAUCAUAUUGGAGAUACGGCCGGACCGCAUACUCGAGCUGCUGCGCCAGGCGAAGGAGGUGAAGAUGCUGGAGGAGUACCAGAGCUACAUCAUUACGUCGCUCGAUGCGCACACGAUCGACUUCGAGGAGCUGCGGUACUCGCGCUCCAACAUUACCGCGCUCCGGCUGAUGGACACGAAGAGCUUCGACAUCAAGAAUGCGGUGCACGACUGGGAGCAGGGCGAGGCGCGCAUGAAGCGCCCGUUUCGCGUGUCACCCGAGCACGUGCACACCGAGUCGGCGCUGUACAACGAUGCGGUGAAGAUAUACGCGACCGCGAUACGGGAGCUGGACGCGACGGAGGAGAUCACCCCGGCCAGGCUGUCCUGUGGCAGCAAAAACCUGCGCCAGUGGCCGUUCGGGCUGCGCAUCGUCAACUACAUGAAGGUGAAAACCGAGCACGGCAUUACUGGGCCCAUCAUCUUCGAUGAUUUUGGCCGGCGAGCCCACUUCCACCUGGACAUCAUCGAGCUGAGCAAGGACGAGGGCUUCAAGAAGAUUGCGACCUGGGAUCCGACCCACGGCGUCAACUACACCCGCAGCCAGGGCGAGGUGUACUCGCAGAUCGUGGAAUCGCUGCAGAACAAAACGUUCAUCGUCGCGUCCCGCAUCGGUGCGCCGUUUCUUAUGUUCAAAGAGAAAAAGGAUGGCGAAUUCCUGGAGGGCAACAAUCGGUUCGAGGGCUACUCGCUCGAGCUGAUCGAUGGGAUUUCGAAAAUCCUCGGCUUCCAGUACCGGAUGGAGCUGGUGCCGGACGGGAAGUACGGGUCGUACAAUAAGGUGACGAAAAAGUGGGACGGACUCGUCAAGUAUCUGCUGGACCGUGUAAGUGCGCAAACAGUGGAUUCCUCAGUCGAAAAAGUUGGCAAUCCAACUCAACUACACUCGUUUUUGCAGAAAGCGGACCUGGCCGUUUGCGACCUCACGAUUACGUACGAGCGAAGGACGGCCGUCGACUUUACGAUGCCCUUUAUGACACUAGGCAUCAGUAUCCUCUACGCCAAACCGGUCCAGCAGCCGAAGGAUCUGUUCUCGUUCCUGUCGCCCCUUUCGCUCGACGUCUGGAUCUAUAUGGCGACCGCGUACCUGGGCGUCUCGGUGCUGCUCUUCGUGCUGUCGCGCAUGGCACCGGCCGACUGGGAAAAUCCGCACCCGUGCAAGCAGGACAACGACGAGGUGGAAAACAUCUGGGACAUGUGCAACGCGCUCUGGCUGACGAUGGGCUCGAUCAUGGGGCAGGGCUGCGACAUCCUGCCGAAGGCGAUCUCGACCCGGCUGGUGGCGGGCAUGUGGUGGUUCUUCGCCCUCAUCAUGCUGUCCUCGUACACGGCCAAUCUGGCCGCCUUCCUGACGAUGGAGCGGAUGGAUGCGACGAUCGAGUCGGCCGAGGAUCUGGCCAAGCAGAGCAAGAUCAAGUACGGCGUGGUGAUGGGCGGCAGCACGAUGGCGUUCUUCCAGACGUCCAACUUCUCCACGUACCAGCGCAUGUGGGCCUCGAUGGAGUCGGCCCGCCCGUCCGUCUUUACCAAGAGCAACGACGAGGGCCGGGACCGCGUCAUCAAGGGCAAGCGCAUGUACGCCUUUCUGAUGGAGUCGACCUCGCUCGAGUACAUUACCGAGCGGUACUGCGAUCUGACGCAGAUCGGCGGCCUGCUCGACUCGAAGGGGUACGGGAUCGCGAUGCCAGUCAACUCACCGUACCGCACUGCGAUCAGCGGAGCGGUACUGAAGAUGCAGGAGGAAGGCAAGCUGUACCAGCUGAAGACGCGCUGGUGGAAGGAGAUGCGCGGCGGCGGCCAGUGCACCGAGGUGCCCAACUCCUCGCAGGAGAACGAGCUUGGCAUCGGCAACGUGGGCGGUGUGUUUGUCGUCCUGGCGCUCGGCUGCUUCUGCGCGUUCCUCAUCGGCAUACUCGAGUUCCUGUGGAACGUGCGCAAGGUCGCGGUCGAGGAGAAGGUGACGCCGUGGGAUGCGCUCAAGGCCGAGCUGAAGUUUGCGCUCAACAUCGCCGUCACGUCGAAGCCGGUGCACAACACGCUGAGUGAAUCGACGGCCAGCGGCAAGAGCUCGCUGCGCUCCAAGUCGGAAUCGCGCCGCGGCUCGGAGCUGGCCGGACGGGGCAACAGUGUGCGGACGGCCGCCAGCCUGACCAAUCUCGACAAGAGCGGGUUCGCGUUCGACAAGCACUGAAUCGCCUGCGUUGGGGCGGGCAAACAGGCGGAAAGCAAUUGUUGUACCACCGUAGCAAGCACGCACAGCUAAAAUUACUCCAAAAAAGACAAUACUAUUCUCCAAUCCAUCGCUUCAAAAUUCCACCAUUGGUAUUACUACUGUUAGCGAAAUGCAUGGAACAUUUAUUCGAGUAAAUAAAAAAACAAGCAGUACAAGCAAGGUA